AGGAAGUGGCUGUAAAGAGGCUGCAGGAGAUCCGCAGCACUGAGAUGUUUAUAAUACAGAGAGGAAAUGAUAUCCCCUCCCCCCCCCAGGAUGGAAAGUUGGUGGGCGUGGUCCCUGGAGAUCAAUGGACAUCCACACUUACCUGCAGAGACAGGCCUGAGGAGGAGGGGAGAAGGUCAUCAUGUCACCUGAUGCCGGACCAGCCAAUCCCCUCACAGAGCUUCUCAUCAAUAUGACCUCGGGAGCCAUGGGGGGCGUGGCGUGUGUCCUCAGCGGGCAGCCCUUUGACACGGCCAAGGUGAAGAUGCAGACGUUCCCUUCCAUGUACCGGAACUUCCUGGACUGCACGGUGCGCACCUAUCGUACGGAGGGGCUGCGGGGGCUCUACCACGGCACCGUCCCGGCAUUGGUGGCCAACGUGGCGGAGAACGCCGUGCUCUUCUCCUGCUACGGCUUCUGUCAGAAUCUGGUGUCCAACAUCCUGGGAUUUCAUGACCUGUCCCAACUCAGAGACCACCACAAGGCCGCGGCGGGUUCCUUGGCCUCCGUUUUCUCCUCCUUGGUCCUCUGUCCCACAGAGCUGGUGAAAUGCCGCAUGCAGACGCAGCAUGAGAUGCGGAUAUCGGGGCGCACAGGAAUCCCCUAUAAAAGCACCCCGUGGUCCAUUGUACGGGACAUCCUGAAGUCGGAAGGUGCGGGCGGCCUGUUCCGUGGCCUCAGCAGUACGUGGCUGCGGGAGAUUCCGGGGUACUUCUUCUUUUUCGGGGGCUAUGAACUCAGCAAGAGUGUUCUCAGCAGGAAUUCUGGAGGUCAGCCAG